CACACAGCUUCCUAUACCCCUGCUACACCGAAGCGGACAAUAGGGGAUCUAGAGGUUAAAUUAAAAACAACAACAGGGGAGAACAGAAGGAGGCUGUGAGCCAAGGAGCCAAGGGGGAGACGUGCAUCCGUCCUUGUAGCAGUAGCGGCAGUAGAGGCAGUAGUAACGGGAGGCAGAUUCGAGGAUUUUCCGUGUCGGUUGCCCGGUGCUCUAAACACCCUGUAGGCUACCUUUGCACCAGCAGCAGGGAGGAGAGGAGGCUGUCCAGAGAGGAGGAGGACCAUGGAGGGGAUGCAGGCAUACGGAGCUGGGAAAGCCGGAGGAGCCUUCGACCCCAUCACCUUCUUCCAGCAACCUCAGACCAUUCUCCGCAUAGUGUCUUGGCUCUUCUCCAUUGUGAUCUUUGGCUGCAUCGCCAAUGAGGGCUAUAUCAACAGUCCCAGAGAAGUGGAGGAGUACUGCAUCUUCAACCGCAACCAGAACGCCUGUAAUUAUGGCGUCUUUAUGGGCUCCAUGGCCUUCCUCUGCUGCAUGGCCUUCCUGGCUCUGGAUGUGUACUUCCCCCAGAUCACCAGCGUCAAAGACCGCAAGAAAGCUGUGCUGACUGAUAUUGGGGUGUCAGCAUUCUGGUCCUUCAUGUGGUUUGUGGGUUUCUGCUUCUUGGCCAACCAGUGGCAGGUGACCAAGCAUGAGGACAACCCGCUGAGGGAGGGAGGUGACGCUGCCCGGGCAGCCAUCACCUUUUCCUUCUUCUCCAUCUUUACCUGGGGCGCCCAGGCUCUCUUCUCUAUGGAGAAGUUAAAGAAUGUGUCAUUUGAAGAGGAAUACACCAAGCUGUUCCCCCCUCAGCCUGAUCAGCCUUUUGUCUGACUCUGCUCUGUCUACCUCACCAUGCUUCCUUAACCCUCUACAGCUGGUUCUACACACUCCCUGUCUGUGGUUGUACUUGUUUAAUGGCACAUAAUAACAUCAAAUGCUGCUGAAAGUGAGUGUAUUUGUAAUCCAGCAGCAAGAAGAAAAGUUGUACCAUCAGUGUCGCCAGUAAUAUGUUGCUCAAUGUUUUUUGCCUAAAAUAGUUUAAUUAAAUUCAUUAAAAUUAAUUUCCCUGACUCAAGCACAUUAUAAUGAUAAUGUAUGUGCAGGUGGGUUGACUCUAUGGUUGAUCAAUACCAGUGACUCAACAGUUACAUGGCCUAAUGCUGAGAUUCGCCUGAAACACCCACUUAAAUCCCUGUAAUCCUCCAAAAACUAAUAUUAGUCAGAAAAUGAAGAAAAUAUUUGAAUGUUUGAAUAUUUGGUUCUUAAACUCUAGGUUUGGUCACGGAAAGUUGUGUGUUCUCCUUCUGCCACAUGGUUUUCUGUUUGGUUUUCUGUUUUUGCCCAGUGUUUACUUCAUAUUCAAAGCAGGCAGCUGCAGCUUCACCACCAAACCCUUACCAAGCCCUUAAACAAAUGUCGUCUCAGUUUACAGGACAGGCUCCCGCUUCAUUGUUCAUCAUUAACAUGAACGUUUACACAAUGAUGGGUGCGCUGUCUUUUUGCUGAAGGGGUCAUAGUUAUCGAGGGGAGAGGUUUUUUUCUUGGUAAUAAUUUUGUUUAAAUACCUUGUUAUUUCUCGGAUCUUUGUAAUGAAUAUUUAUACAUUUGUCAGAGUACAUUUCAUAUCUUAAAACACUGUUGUAAAGGUUUUGUAUUCCUUUUGAUUUUUGAUGAAGCUGUAUUCAAAGCCUUAUCUGUAACUCCAUGACUCCACACCUUAAAGGAAGAUUUGGACAUUUUGGGAAAUAUGUUUAUUGAUAUUUGGGCAGAAACUUGGAUAAAAAAAAUCAAUACCACAACCAGAUCUCCUAAAGCAGAAAAAAAACGAUUUCCUAAAAUGUUCAGCUAUCAAUGCACGUCCUUUCUUUGAUAGCCUUUUAAGACUGACUCCACAGUUUGGGUAGGGAGUUCUCAAAACAGUUUAGCUGAAGUAUUACACUGGUUUAUUGCAUAUUCAGGGGAUUUUUAUGCCUUCAAACUGUGCAUGCUAUUGAGCCAUAAAUAAGUUUUAUUGCUAAAGUACUAUUCUAAAAUGUUCCACAUCCAUACUAACAAAAAAUCUGAAAUAUUCAGGAUUCAGUCUGUGAGACGUGUUAUCAUGUGAUGGACAAAAGACAGAGCGGUGAUUCAGACUGAAAGAGUCAAAACUGUUCAAGCAGCGUCUGCAAAAUCUGGUCAGCUGAGAUGCAACAGAAAAUAAAACAUCCUCAUGAAACUUCCCAGAACGCUGAGUUUAAAUCAGCUCAGCUCUCUGUGUGAGCGUCUUUGUUUGCUCUGUGUACUCAUGAAACAUGGCUUCUGUACCUUGUUGUCUUGAAACAUCUCUAAUUAAUGGCUAAAGUGAGGUUUGUGGUGUUGUACAGGGCAGAGCCUCAGCUGUUUAAUAAUGCACACAGACUCAGUUUAUAUGCACACUUAAAUUCCAGUGUGGACUGGACUGGUGUUAACUUGUUGUUCCUCACUACUGAGCUGAACCAUAGAUAAACAGCUUGUUUUGCACUGCUGCCCGAAGAACUAACCUGCUCUGACUGACUAAAUGACUCACUCUCACUAUCUAAUAUGCUUCACAAGCUUUCUAGCCAACUAACCAGUUUCCUUCUCUUUCUUUGUUCCCUCUCUUCUCCCAAACCCUCUGCUUUAACUCCACUGCGUCUCUGCUUCUACAUUUAUCUCCACACCUUUCAAUCACCAUCUAUGCUCCUUUUUUGCCAUCUCGUCCUUCUCCGUCUCUGAUCAUCUAUCCAAGGCGGGCCAGUCCUUCCUGGCCUUCCAGAGGUACAAGCUGGGGGCCGACUCAGCCCUUUUCUCCCAGGAAUACACAGACCCCAGCCAGGAUGCAGCUGGAGCCCCCUACACCUCCUUCGGUGGGGAUGACCUGGAGAGCCCA